AUGCUCAAGGACGAAGUGGAGGCGUCCAGAGCGGCAGCCCGCGCGGCUGCUGAGGCGGCAGCGGCAGCUGCGACCGCCGCGACGAUGCCCGUGACCCCCCGCGCGAACGGCUCCGGUACCCCGCGCGCCUCCCAGAUCCCCGGUCCAGGCGGCGUCACGUCGCCGCGCACGGCGGACGCGUCCACGCGCAACCUCGUGUCGCUCCUGGAGGACGCGCGGAAGGACCUCGGCAAGGAGCGCGCGCGCCGCGACGCCGCCGAACGCUCCCUCGCGGAACGGGCUGCGGAGCUGCAGGCGCUGCGGAGCGACCUGGACGGCGUGAAGGAGAAGCUCGGCGCGACCGUGAAGGAGGCGACGCGCGGCCGCCGCGACACGGAAGCGGCCGCGCGGGAGGUGCAUGAGCUGCGCGGCGAGAUCGCGGCGGUGCGAGCGGCGUCGGACGCGGCGGAGCGGGCGCGGCGCGCGGCGAAGGACGAGGCGGAGGCGAGUUCUCGCGAGGUCGCGCGGCUCAAGCGGGAGCUGGCGGCGGCGGUGCGGAGGGCGGACGGCGGCGGUGCGGCGGCCACGCCCCCGCCAGCGGUGCCGGCGGACGCGGCGGCGGAGAUCGCGCGGCUGAAGAGCGAUCUCAAGGCGGAGGAGGCGGCGCGCGCGGAGGCGCUCGCGGAGGUGAAGCGGCUGGGGGGGGAGUUGCGGUCGUUGCGGGGGGAGUGUCAGAAGUUCGAAACGCAGGCCGCCGCGCAGCGCGAGAGCGCAGCGGCGACCGCGGGGCGGCUCGGGAGCCGCGUGAAAGAGCUCGAGCGCGAGCUCGAGGUGGCGCACGCGGCGGGCAAGGCCGCGGCGGACCUCGACCGACGCCGGUUGUCGGAGCUCGCGGCGAUGGCGGCCGAGUGCCAGAAGGCCUCGGAGCUGCAGACGCGCGCGGAGGCGGACGCGAAGGAGAUGACGGGGAAGCUUCGCGAGGAGCGGAAGCGCGCGCACCAGCUCGACAGCGAGGUCAAGGCGCUGAAGCGGGCGCUGGCGCGGCAGGAGGCUGCGACGCGCGAGCUCGCCGGGCUGGACGCGAUGCAGGGCGGCGUGGACGGGCAGGCCGUGAACAGCAAGCCCGAGGGCGUCGUGACCGCGGCGCGGCACGCGGAGGCGCUGCGGCACGCCGAGGGCGAGGCGGCGCGGCAGCGCGAGCGGGCGGAGGGCCUCGAGGCGCAGCUGCGCGGCGGCGCGGACGUCCAGGCGAAGCUCCGGAGCCGCAUCGGGACGCUCGAGAACGUGCUGGUGUCGCGGGGGAUCGCGCUGCCGCCCCGGCGACAGAAUACGGGGAUGGACAUCGACCCUGAGUCGACGGGCGCGAACGAGGUGGUGGUGUCGGCGCUGGAGACGGAGCUCGCGCGGGCGCGCUCGGCGCUGGCGUCGCACGAGAAGGCGAUUGCGCAGGCGGAGGGGAAGAUUGAGGAGUUGUCGCGGCGGUGCGUGGCGGCGGAGCAGGCGCGCGAGACGAGCGCGCGGGCGACGCGGCGGCAGAGCGCGGCGGCGGAGCUGGAGGCAGAGCGGCUGCGCACCGCGCUGGAGGAGAAGGAGAAGGCGCACCGCGAACGCGAGAACGAGCUGUUGACGCAGGUGCGCAAGCUCAAGGACAGGGUGGCGGCGGCGCGCGGGGACGGCGGGGCGACGCCGGUGAACGGCGGCCCGGAGACGCCCGCGGUGACGCCGCGGGAGUAG